AGAGCUAUGGAUUCCAAUCAGGCUAUAGUUUUAUACCCAUCACCACCUAUAGGCCACUUAGUUUCUAUGGUCGAGUUAGGCAAACUCAUACUUACUUGCCAUCCUUCACUUAGCAUCCACAUCCUCCUUGCCACCCCACCUUACCGAGCCGACACCACCGCCUCAUACAUCGCCUCCGUCUCCGGCACCACAUCCUCCAUCAUCUUCCACCGCCUCCCCACUGUCUCUCUCCCUCCCUCUAUAACUUCCGCCUCACGCAACCAUGAAACCCUAACCUUUGAAGUUCUCCGCCAAAGUAACCCCCACGUCCACCAAGCCCUUGUUUCCAUUUCCAACACUUUCACUGUCCAAGCUUUCGUCAUGGACUUCUUCUGCGGCCUCGGACUUUCGGUUGCGACUGAGCUGAACAUUCCUGGUUACUUUUACUUAACUUCUGGUGCAGGGUUUCUAGCUUCGUUUCUUUACCUUCCUACCAUACACAAAAACACUGACAAGAGCAUCAAAGACCUUGACACCCUUCUCUCUAUUCCAGGAGUUCCACCACUACAUUCCUCUGAUAUGCCAAAACCAUUUCUUGAACGCAACGACCCGGCUUAUGAAUGCUUCCUAGAGAACGCAACUUACUUGCCCAAAUCAGCUGGGAUUAUUAUAAACACAUUUGAAUCACUUGAAGCAAGAACUCUCAGAGCAAUAUCAGAUGGACAAUGCUUGGCUGACGAUGACGAUACUACCAUGCCGCCCAUCUACUCCAUCGGGCCGCUGAUCUUUUCUCAGAGAGGUGGAAAAGGUCAAGAUCUUGAUGAUGUGCAUGAGUGUUUGAAGUGGCUGGAUUCACAGCCAAGAGGAAGUGUGGUGUUCCUUUGUUUUGGAAGCUUAGGAUUGUUUACAAAGGAGCAGUUGGAGGAAAUAGCUGUGGGGCUAGAAAGGAGUGGCCAAAGGUUCUUGUGGGUGGUCCGUAAUCCACCGUCUAGUAAUGAAAGUGUGGCCAUUGCGGGCCAAUCUGACCCUGACUUGAAUAAUUUGCUUCCUGAUGGUUUUUUGGGUAGAACGAAAGAUAGAGGACUUGUGGUGAAGUCAUGGGCGCCACAAGUGGAUGUGUUGAAUCAUAAUUCAAUAGGUGGAUUUGUGAGUCACUGUGGAUGGAACUCGGUAUUGGAGGCGGUGUGUGCUGGGGUGCCAAUGGUGGCUUGGCCACUCUAUGCAGAGCAAAGGAUCAAUAGGGUUGUGUUGGUGGAGGAAAUAAAGAUUGCUUUGCCGAUGAACGAGUCAAAAAACGGGUUUGUGGGUGCAUAUGAGGUGGAGAAUCGAGUUAGGGAGUUGAUGGAGUCGGAAAAAGGAGAGUCUAUCAGGAAGAGGAUCGAGGCUUUGAAGAGUGAUGCAAAUGCUGCAUUGAGUGAAGGUGGGACAUCUAAGGUUGCAUUAGUUAAACUGAUUGAAUCAUGGAACCAAGUCAAGGCAGGGUGAGGGUCUAGUUCAACCAAGUUUAUGACUUUGAAUUGUGCUUGGUGCUUGUAAUAUGUAUGAACCUAAAUAAAACUGAGUUUGCCUCUUUAGAAAAGUUGUAGUGUAAUCAGUAGAAGAUGUAGGCUGAUUCAAGCAGUUCUACGGCCGUAGGUGCAUUCAAGUAUUCGAAAUGUAGAUAUGGUAAAGAAG